AUGGAUUGUUACCCGUAUGCAGUUACAAACAUCUAUGUGGCCACAUCGCUCCUUCCCAUCUACUUGAAUAAUGGCUCUGUGAAGGCGGUAAAUCAAGCCGUGUUCCCAAAUAGCUCAGUGGCACCAUCAAGCGAAACACUGCAGAAAGAAUUUCUUGCUCAAAUCAAGAAGACUGGUGGAAGAAUAGGAGACCUCGAGAUCCUUGCUCCCAAUACCACAACUACAGCUCCAACAACAUCUAUGCGUACUACAGCUACUGCAAUAAGCACAUCCGUGUCUACCACACUGAGUGCACCUCCAUCUAGUACAAUACUGAGGACUGGAACCACCAUGGCAGGAAUAACAACCAGUACAAACACAGAAACACUGGGAACAACUGCUGCACCCACAUCAUCUGCUACACCCACAACUCCCGCACCCACAUCAACUGCUACACCCACAACUGCCGCACCCACAUCAACUGCUAUACCCACAACUGCUGCACCCACAUCAACUGCUGCACCCACAUCAACUGCUGCACCCACAACUACCACACCAACAUCAACUGCUGCACCCACAUCAACUGCCGCACCCACAACUGCCGCACCCACAUCAACUGCUGCACCCACAACUGCUGCAUCCACAACUGCUGCAUCCACAUCAACUGCUGCACCCACAACUACUACAUCAGCAACAACUGCUGCACCCACAUCAACUGCCGCACCAACAUCAUCUGCUACACCCACAACUACCCCACCAACAUCAACUGCUACACCCACAACAACUGCUGCACCCACAUCAUCUGCUACACCCACAACUGCUGCACCCACAUCAUCUGCUACACCCACAACUGCUGCACCCACAUCAUCUGCUACACCCACAACUGUAGCACCCACAUCAUCUGCUACACCCACAACUGCUGCACCCACAUCAUCUGCUACACCCACAACUACCGCACACACAUCAACUGCUACACCCACAACUACAGCACCCACAUCAACUGCUACACCCACAACUACCGCACCCACAUCAACUGCUACACCCACAACUACCGCACCCACAUCAACUGCUACACCCACAACUGCCGCACCCACAUCAACUGCUACAACCACAACUACCGCACCCACAUCAACUGCUACACCCACAACUGCCGCACCCACAACUACCGCACCCACAUCAACUGCUGCACCCACAUCAACUGCUACACCCACAACUGCCACACCCACAUCAACUGCUACACCCACAACUACCGCACCCACAUCAACUGCUACACCCACAACUACCGCACCCACGUCAACUGCUACACCCACAACUGCUGCACCCACAACUACCGCACCCACAUCAACUGCUACACCCAAAACUGCCGCACCCACAUCAACUGCUACACCCACAACUACCGCACCCACAUCAACUGCUGCACCCACAUCAACUGUUGCACCCACAACUACUACAUCAGCAACAACUGCUGCACCCACAACAGCUGUACCCACAUCAACUGCUACACCCACAACUACCGCACCCACAUCAACUGCUGCACCAACAUCAACUGCUACACCAACAUCAACUACUACACCUACAACUGCCGCACCAACAUCAACUGCUACACCAACUGCUGCACCCACAUCAUCUGCUGCACCCACAACAACUGCUGCACCCACAUCAACUGCUACACCCACAACUACUGCACCCACAUCAACUGCUGCACCCACAUCAUCUGGUACACCCACAACUGCUGCACCCACAACAACUGUUGCUCCCACAACUGCUACAUCAGCAACAACUGCUGCACCCACAUCAACUGCUGUACCCACUUCAACAGCUGUACCCACAACUGUUACAUCCACAAUUGCUACACCCACAACUGCUACAUCACCAACAACUGCUGCACCCACAUCAACUGCUGUACCCAAAUCAACAGCCGUACCCAAACCAACUGCUACAUCAGCAACAACUGCUGCAUCCUCAUCAACUGUAACACCCACAACAACUGCUACAUCAGCAACAACUGCUGCACCCACAACUGCUGUAACCACAUCAACAGCUGUACCCACAACUGCUGCACCCACAUCAACUGCUGCACCCACAACUGCUGUACCCACAUCAACUGUUGCACCCACAACUGCUGUACCCACAUCAACUGCUUCACCCACAACUGCUACAUCAGCAUCAACUGCUGCACCCACAUCAACAGCUGUACCCACAACUGCUGCAUCAACAACUCCUACAUCAGCAACUGUUGCAGCCACAACUGCUACAUCAGCAACAACUGCUGCACCCACAACUGUUACAUCAGCAACAACUGCUGCACCCACAUCAACAGCUGCACCCACAACUGCUACAUCAGCAAUAACUGCUGCACCCACAUCAACAGCUAUACCCACAACUGCUGUACCCACAUCAACUGCUACACCCACAACUGCUGCACCCACAACAACUGCUACAUCAGCAACAACUGCUGUACCCACAUCAACAGCUGUACCAACAACUGCUGCAUCCACAACUGCUACAUCAGCAACAACAACUACAACCCCAUCAACAUCUGCACCCACAACUGCUACAUCAGCAACAACUGCUGCACCCACAACUGCUACAUCAGCAACAACUGUUGCGCCCACAACAACUGCUACAUCAGCAACAACUGAUGCACCCACAACUGCUACAUCAGCAACAACUGCUGCACCCCCAUCAACUGCUGUACCCACAACUGUUGCAACCACAACUGCCACAUCAGCAACCACUGCUGCACCUACAACUUCUACAUCAGCAACAACUGCUGCACCCACAUCUGCUACAUCAGCAACCACUACUGCACCCACAACUGCUACAUCAACAACAACUGCUGCACCCACAACAGCUGUACCCACAUCAACAGCUGUACCCACAUCAACUUCUUCACCCACAACUGCUACAUCAGCAACAACAGCUGUACCCACAACUUCUGUACCCACAUCAACAGCUGUACCCACAUCAAGUGCUACAUCAGCAACAACUGCUUCACCCACACCUGCUGCACUCACAUCAACUGCUGCACUCACAUCAACUGCUGCACCCACAUCAACUUCUACACACACAAUUGCUGCACUCACAACUACUGCACCCACAUCAACUGCUGCACCCACAUCAAUGGCUGCACUCACAUCAACUGCUACACCCACAUCUGCUGCACCCACAACAACUGCUGCACCCAAAACUGCUGCUGCACCCACAGCUAUAGGAACAUUGACAAGUGCUGUUUCCUCAGCUCCAGAAACAAAGCCAACUGGUGCACACACAACUAUGAAUCUACCAACAACAACAAUUAUCCCCACCAUUACAUCAGCGACCACUUCACCAGCUUCAGAUACGACAAUAUCACAAAAGACAACAAUGAAACAAACUUCUGAAACUACGACUGUAGCACUGUCACCAACCACUGAUCAUGAGCCAACAACUGAGACAGCCAUGGCUUUUGUAAACUUCAACUACACAAUCAUUAAUAAGGAGUUUGAUUCAAGACUUUUAAACUGGACAGACCCAUACACCAUUAUGCUGAGGAACGAGACUGAAACACUGAGCCUGCAAGUGAUAAAACGGGAUUUCCCCUUGUGUCAGUAUGUGAUUACAACUGCGUUCUUGUAA